GCGUCGUCGGAGCUGGCUGAACGCAGGACAUGUCACACGGGCACAGUCACGAUGGGGGCUGCUCUUGCGGUGCCGAGGCAUCUGAAGCCCCAGAACGUGGUUUGGAGUAUGGGCUUUAUCGGAAAAUUGACCUGGUGAAAUUGCAAUGUUUGAAUGAGAGUGCGGAGGGAAGUGGCAAGACAGUGUUCAGGGCCUGGGAGGAACGCGGAGACCGGAGCCGGUUUGUAGAAAGUGAUGAUGAUGAGGAAUUACUUUUCAACAUUCCGUUCACAGGAAAUGUAAAGUUGAAAGGUAUUAUAGUCAUCGGUGAGGACAGCGAUGCACACCCGUCAGAGCUGAGAUUGUUUAAGAACAUUCCUCAGAUGAGCUUCGAUGAUGCUGGAAGGGAGGCAGACCAGGUUUUCAGUUUAAACAUUGACACCACCGGAGAACUGGAGUACCAGACAAAAAUAUCAAGGUUUUCAAAUGUAUCUCAUCUGUCUAUCCACAUCUCUAAGAAUUUUGGGGCUGAAAACACAAAGAUUUUCUACAUUGGCUUAAGAGGAGAAUGGUCAGAGGCUCAUCGACAUGAAGUGACCAUCUGUAACUAUGAGUCUGCAGCUAAUCCCGCUGAUCACAAAGUAUCACAAAUAACUCCUCCGUCCCAUUUUAUUUCUUAAUGUCAUAAUAAUGGCUCUUGGUCUAACAAAAUAGCUUUUCAUUUCCACAUGACUUCUGCAGUAUGUUUAUUAACCUGUUUAAAUAAAAAUGCCUCAUCUUAAUG